UGGAUCUAUAACAAAGCUUUGAUGAAGACAUUAGCCCAUCAAUUAGUUGACAAACUUUGGAAAAGGGUUGGAAUUCCAUACCAACAGUUCUCAUCAAACUUGGUUAAAAAUAGUAUGGAUUUAAUUUUUGAAGCUGCAAAAGUUGGAAAUGUUGAAUUCCUAAUUAUACUUGCACGCUCUUAUCCUGAGCUUAUAUUGCGACAAGACGAAGAUAAAAGGAGUAUAUUUCACAUUGCUAUUUUAUAUCGGCAGGAAAGUGUGUUCAAUUUAAUAUUUGAGAUAGGUGCUGACAAGGAUACCCUUGCAUCCUAUGUUACUUCAAAAACUAAAGAGAACAUGUUGCAUUUAGCUGGAAAAUUGCCUGAUUUAGAUCCACUAAAUAUCGUAUCAGGAGCAGCCCUUCAAAUGCAACGAGAGUUGUUGUGGUUUAAGGAGAUAGAAAAGAUCGUGCCGCAAUCAUAUGUAAACAGAAGGAAUUCUGAAGGGCUAACACCUAAGGAGAUAUUUAUAAAGACACAUGCACAUUUGGAGAAAGAUGGUGAAAAGUGGAUGAAGGACACAACAAACUAUUGCCUGAUCGUGGCAACAUUGGUUGCCACUGUGAUUUUUGCUGCAGUACUCACUGUACCAGGUGGCAACAAUCAAGAAACGGGCACUCGUAUUGAUUUUAGAAACAACUGGUUUAUAAUAUACUUCAUAUCAGAUGCAAUAUCGUUGUGUUCCUGUUCAACUUCAAUAAUAAUUUUUUUGUCAAUUCUCACGUCACGUUACAUAGAAGAAGAUUUCUUGAAGUCAUUACCUUUAAAGUUGGUGUUUGGACUUGCAACACUCUUUAUCUCCAUGGUGGGCAUGAUGGUAGCCUUCAUCGCAACUUCCUUUUUGGUGUUUAGUAGUGCAGGGGGAUGGGUUCCUUUUGUUGUCAUCACUUUGGCUAGUAUACCAAUUGCUUUGUUUGUUUGGCUACAUCUUACACGUUGGGUUGAUACAUUCCUCUCAGCAUACAAGUCUAGAUUUCUUUUUCGGCCAUAUAAACAUAGACUUUUUCUAGUUCAAGAUGCCGAUUGGGGAAUUGAUAUGAAAUACAAGUCAAACAAAAAGCAAGGAAAGCUGUUGGAGGUUAAGGGAUAGAUGUUGGAACAAGAAGGCAAAGGAAAGAAUUGAGCAAAUAAAGACUUUGCAUAUUGAUGUACUUGUAACUAUUUCCACCAAGAUUUACUGUGGUUUAUACAUAUUCGCAUUGUUUUUUGCUUUGUGAAUC